GUUUUUCUCAGCAUCUUCACUUUAUCAAUCUACAAUACUAUACACAGAGACAAAUCACAUCGUCAUCAUGCUUCCACCAGCACUGAACAUCCCCAAAUGGUACAGUAGUCCACCUCCACAUCGCCACUACAAACUACCACUACUACUACCCCUCCCCCGCAUUACUCCUCUACGAACAAACACACGCAACACAAGCCCACCCUCUCCCACAUACAGACAUCAAAAACAACUAACUAACUAAACUAUAACAGGCUCGAAACCAACUCCCACCUCCUCCAACCCCCCGUAAACAACUACUGCGUCUACCACCCCUCCUCACCCGCCACACAAGGCUACACAGUAAUGAUAGUGGGCGGCCCCAACGCCCGAACAGACUACCACAUCAACACGACGCCCGAAUUCUUCUACCAAUAUAAAGGCUCCAUGCUCCUCCGCACCGUCGACGAAUCCACCACCCCGUCUACCUUCCAAGACAUCCCGAUCCACGAGGGAUCGUUGUUUCUGCUGCCGGCGAACACGCCGCACUGUCCCGUGCGGUUCAAGGAUACGGUGGGCGUGGUGAUGGAGCAGCCGAGGAAGGAAGGUGCGGUGGAUGCGAUGAGGUGGUAUUGUCGUAACAAGGAUUGCGGGGAGGUGGUGUGGGAGAAGAAGUUUGUUUGCACGGAUUUGGGAACGCAGGUUAAGCAGGUUGUCGAGGAGUUUGCGGGCGAUGAGGAGAAGAGGACGUGUAAGGCUUGUGGGGUUGUCGCGAGGUCGAAGUACGAGGAGGGGGAGGUGGUGCAGCCUUAGUUGUAGGACUCCUUUGGAGGAGGGGUGGUUUGUUGAUUGGGGAGCUGGUUAGUCAAGAGUCGAGUGGGCGAUGUUGUGAUGAAGAGAUACCCUGUUGACGAUAUAUAUGGUUGGUUGGUUGGAUGUAAUAGUAGUUGUGUAAAAGUGUCUAUUGUCUGCUUUCCAAACUAUUUACCAGUAGUAUGAUGCUAGGUGUUUGCCGAGGCAGGGUAUACGAGGAAAGUGGAUUCUGAUUCGAAUGUAUAAUUAAAGAGGUAUCAGGCACAGUUCUGGACAGGGGAAUAUAAAAGAU